GCGCGCGCUCGUACGCACGCGCGCUCUCUCUCUCACUCUCUCUCUCUCACUCUCUCACACGCACACACAUACGCACACACACACACACACACACACACGCGCGCGUGCGCGCGCUCACGCACACGCGCACACACAGUCAGGCGCUCGCGCGGUCCCUACACGCAGCCUGACGCAUAAACGCUCCGCCGCCGCCGCCGGUACCUUCCUGAUCACUACAAUGGACCUAUUCGAGCUGGACUUCUUCAGGGAGUGGGAGCUGGAGCAGCAAUGCCAUUAUGAGCAGGACCGUUCAGCGCUGAAGAAGAAGGAAUGGGAGCGUCGCACACAGGAAGUGCAGCAGGAUGAAGAUUUGUUCUCCACCGGCUUCAAUCUGUUCGGUGAGCCGUACAAGACCAACAAAGGUGAUGCCCUGGCCAACCGAGUCCAGAACACAUUGGGUAACUAUGACGAGAUGAAGGAACUCUUGACCAGCCAUUCCAACCAAAGCCACUUGGUGGGCAUCCCUAAGAACUCAGUUCCCCAGACCCCAGUGGAGAAAACGGACCAGCCCAGCUUCUUCACCGAAGCUCAGCGUGGCAGAGCCACUUCAUCCCAGCCAGCGAACCACACAACUUCCAUGCCUCCUCCACCUACCACCAACAUGGCAGGGCCCAGCAUCCUCCACGGGCAUCAGGGCACCAAAAAGUCCCGUUCCUCUGACUGGUCCCGAGGAGCACAUGGUUCGGGCAGCAGCCAGGCAGCUCAGGCUGCCAGCCGGGGAAAGCAGAGCUCCAGUGGGCAUGAACAGGAACAGGGUGACUCGAGCCCUGGCACUUCGUCCACUUCCACACACCCCAGCAGGAGGCAUGGGCAGCCAGCCAAGGUGCCAACUGUCGCCAGCUCACCCUGCGAGCAAGACUCAGGGUCACCUGUGGCCUCUACUUCUCUGGUGCCCGGUGGUCUGUCCACACCAACAUUCCCCCAGGGCCUGCACUGCAAGCCCAGCAGCGUAGGACAGCAGAAACCCACAGCCUAUGUCCGGCCCAUGGACGGCCAGGACCAGGCACCCAAUGACUCUCCUGAGCUCAAGCCUACUCUGGAAAUCACGGAUGGAUAUGGUGGAACGCCAUUUACAAGCCUGAUGGAUGGCAAAGGCGGCACAGUGGGGAGCAAGGGCAAACUUCCCAAGCUGACUCUCCCUCAAUCAGGGGAGGUCAGUCUGCCCAAUGACUCCAGCUGUGUGGAGGAGAUUUUGCGGGAAAUGACCCAUUCCUGGCCUCCUCCCCUCACUGCCAUACACACACCAGGCAAAGCAGAACAGACCAAGUUUCCCAUUCCCAACAAGGACCCCCAACACGUAACACCAGCGUACAAUGGACAAAAGCGCUGCAACGUUCCUGGUAACAAGCCCUCGACCAAGCCAGUUCCACAGAAGUCAAUGCUGGAAGAUGACUUGAAGAUCAGCAGUGAUGAAGAAGACAAUGAACAGGCUGCAGAGAAACCCAAAACCAGGAGCACACCUCCAAACCUUCCAGGGCCCACACCACGGAGCAGUGAUCCAGGUGGCCACUCCAGCGGGGCUUCUGGGAGUUCCAGCGAAUCAGAAAGCAGCUCUGAGUCUGACUCUGACAGCGAGAGCAGUUCCAGUGACAGCGAAUGCAACCGAGCAUCCCGCGCCACUACACCAGAGCCUGAACCACCAUCAACAAACAAGUGGCAGCUGGAUAAAUGGUUGAACAAAGUCAACCCUCACAAUAAGCCCCUGGCCAACACACAGACAGAAAGCCAUGGAAUUAGAAGCUCUCAGCCUGAGGACGGCCAAGCUACAGAGAACCAAAGCUGUAGUAAGAGCAAGCCCAGUGCAGCUCUGGCACAAGCAGACCCCAAAGACCGGGCCUUGCUCAGUCCCAUCCGAGAAAAGGCCAAGCCUAAAACAGGCCAGAAAGGUCCUGAUGGUAAGGGUACCAAAGUGAAGGCCCCAGUUUCAGUUGAUCUGCCUCUUUCCAGGAGAAGCACAGGCAAGAAACAACCGAAGAAAGUCGAACAGUCCUCAAGCAGUGAGGAGCACAACUGGCCCAGACCUGUCAACUCCAGCACUACACCAAAGGAGAAAGAACCUCCACCUUUAGAACCACCCAAACCUAGAGGCAAGGCCCCAGGGGGCAAGACUGCCCCCAGAAAGGAACCCCGAUCCACUACAGUAACCACACCUGCUGCCCCCACCACCUCUGCUAUCAGCACAGCUCCAGACAAGAAGAAGCACAGAGGGCCUAGUAAGAUCAUCCCCAAGUCGAAGGAGUUUAUUGAAACAGAGUCGUCCUCAUCAGAGUGCCACUCGGACCCUGAGGAGCUUUCAAAAGUGCAUCUUCCCUGCCCUGGUCCUAGCAGCCUGAACUUUAAAUCCAAGGACUGUAACAGCAAUAUCCUGAGUGUCAGCAGUCUUGCCAGCACCAGCAGUACCUCCAUACCAGACCCAGCUGCCACUGACCUGCUGGAGGAGCCCCUGUUCUCCCCCAUCUCCAUGGUACAGAAUGAGCUGCUGUCACCACUGCGAGACUUUGAGGACAUUAAGUCCCUGUGGGUUAAGAUUGAGCUCAGUCUCCUGUCACGGAUUCCUGGGCAGGAUCCACCUGAGCCGCUCCCUACCAAGGCUGAGUGUCGAGAGACCAGCUUCAAGCACAGGAGACAGCAGUCACCCGCCUCCAUUCCAUCAGAGAAACCCACCAGCAAGUCAAAGAGGAAACACAAGUCAGAUCAUUGUGAGGUGUUGAGUGGGACGAAGAAGUUAAAACUGGAGAAAGAGGCCCUGCUCCUCCCUCCUUGUAUCUCUCCCAUCCACAACCACAAAGUCUCCAACACAAAAGACUCUUCAAAGAAGCAGCCGAGGAAGCUCCUUCCGCCGCUGCUCUCCCCGUUGUCGGACGAGCCCAUGGGUCGCCAACGAAGAAGCAGCGAGAGCAGUUCUCUCAGUAUGGAAGGAAGCACAGCUGUUCCCACAACCUUACCCCCAACACACUCCCUUCCACCUUCAUCCUCUUCGUCUUCGUCAUCCUCUUCGUCGUCUCACAAGCACCGCAAAGGAGAGAGCAAGUCUCACUCCAAAACCAGCAGCCAGGAGGAAGACAGCCAUGCAAAGACCUCCGGGGGUUUCCAUGCCAAUGGUCAGUCCGAAUCGAACACGUGGCCGAACCCUUCAGCUCUGUCUAUGGAGAAUAUGGAGCACAGGAGACCUAAACUCAUGUUCAACAACACUGUUCAUAAUGCGGACUACUACAUGCAGGAAGCCAAGAAACUAAAGCACAAAGCUGAUGCGCUGAUAGAGAAGUUUGGCAAAGCGGUCAAUUACGCAGACGGUGCACUCUCCUUCAUCGAAUGCGGCAAUGCUAUGGAACGAGACCCGUUAGAGGCCAAGUCGCCGUACACCAUGUACUCGGAAACUGUUGAGCUCAUUAGGUAUGCAAUGAGAUUAAAGAACUUCACCAGUCACUCAGCCACGCUGCCGGAGAAGAAAUUAGCGGUGCUGUGCAAUCGGUGUUUAUCCCUGCUGUACUUGCGGAUGUUCAAACUGAAAAAGGAUCAUGCGAUGAAGUAUUCACGCUCCUUGAUGGAGUACUUCAAGAAUUCGGCGAAAAGUUCUCAAGCACCUUCACCGUGGGGCUCCAAUGGAAAGACUACUGGAACACCAUCUCCCAUGUCCCUGAGUCCCUCCCCCAUCAGCUCGGUCAACAGCAACACCGGAGCCAUGCUUUCUUCCUCCUCGUCCUCUUCCUCAUCCUCGGGCAGUGUGGCCAUCCCGCAGCGCAUCCACCACAUGGCCGCCAGCCACGUCAAUAUCACCAACAACAUCCUGCGCAGCUAUGAGCACUGGGACACGGCCGACAAGCUGGCCCACGAGAGCCAAGAGUUCUUUCAGGAGUUGGACUCGGUGAUGGAGCCACUGACGCAGCACAGCAGCAUGACUGACCUGGUACGCUACAUCCGCCAAGGACUGCACUGGCUCCGCAUCGAGGCCCAUUUGUUAUAGUGCUGGAGCUUUUCACUGUGCUCUCUCUCUCUCUCUCUCUCUCUCUCUCUCUCUCUCUCUCUCUCUCCUGCUCUCCUUCUCUCUUUCUCUCACUCUUCCUGCCACUCCUUCCAUCACUUCCUCCUUCCACCAGCACUGCCGUCUCAGAGUCGCUCCUACGCAAACGGAGCUGAGGAACAAGUGGAACGUGAGGUGCUGUAUGAUUAUUCAUGGAGAUCUAGAGCACUUUGGGAAGGACUGCAAAAACUGUCAUUGUGUUCUGAACAGAAAAAAAAGAAAAAAGAAAAUACGCUUCUGCUUGCAGCUGUUACAGAGGACACAGGAUGUCAUGUGACUCGACCAGGCAGAUUGUUGAGACGGGACAGUAUCUUAGUUUUUGAAUCUGCUCUCUCGUUUUGUACAGUGUACAUUAUUUCCUAUAAAGUGAAAGGAAGGGGCAAACAGGUGCCCGGUGUGCAAUCCUUCUCUAUGUCAGUAUUGUUUCUUUGUAUUACAUGUCGAUGGCUUUAUAAAAACGAUUGUGAAGGACUGAGGUGGGGUCAAAGGAGUAGCAAAAAAAAAAAAAAAAGGAGUCGAAAGAGAUCCAUCUUUUAGAGGAAAACUCCACCCUGUUAAUAUUUAUAAUUAACAUGUGAUCUUCAAUGAUGUCAAAUAUUUAUUUUGCAAUGUCUCUUAUUGACAUUGAAACUAAAAUGGUCUUGGAAGGUUUAUUGCAUUACCCAAAAUACCGUUUGACUACCUGCAGAUAUUGGUGCCAGUGAAAAAGGAGCUCCAUAUAAAGAGUGUGCUGCGGCGGCACUUUAGUCCUUUAGUCUGUUUUCUCCACUCCUUCUACAUUGGAUUUCUCAUUAAUACGACAUGAAAGAUGGCUGAAAAAUUUCUUGCUCUUUUGUAUUUCUGAGAAAUAUGAAGGGUUUUUUUUUUUACCCCCUCCUAUAUUAAACGCCAUUGUAGCCACACUAGCGGUGUCCUCAUGUGACAUCCACUUAGCACAACUGCUAACACGCCAGCUCACAGUUCUCACAGGAAUAACCAAAAUAAAAACGUCAACAAACGCCAACCAACAAAUUAGCACUAGCUAAACACAUCAGAAAUAUGUUGAAAUAAGUCAAUGAAAUGUGCUUCAGGGUGGAUUUUUCCUUUGAAGUGCACCUAUUAUGGGUUUGAAACGUGCCUAAUUUUGUUUAAACUUUAACGUGCUCAUAAUUUAAACUGCAGCAUUACCUUUUUUUCCACCCCAGUGUCACAAACGACUCGUUCAAUGAUUCGUUCUAAAUGAAUCUUUCUAAACUCCUCCUUUCAUAGAGCAUACUCUGCUCUGAUUGGGCAGAUGUCCCAGUCUGUUGUGAUUGAUCUACUGCUGUCAGCGAGCAGCCGAUGAAGAUCAUGAGGCGGGGCUUUUUGUUACAAACCUACGUAGGUUCGUACAGGAAGUAAAGUCUGGAAUCACUAACGACUCGUUUCAGCUGUUCAGAAUCGCUUCCUUCUUUCGGGAGUCGAUAACUCCGUUUGUCGUCCGCUUUGAUCUUUGAAACUUUGCAGACUGUUUUUUUACAUUCACAAACAGCUCUAUAACACACUACAUGUACGGUAAUAUUUGAAAAACCAUAAUAGGUGCAUUUUAAAUUCCCCUUAUUAAAUGUAACUUUCUUCAGUGCCAUGAUAAUGAUUCAUAUGUAACACUCACGUUGGCUUUAUUCCAAAUCUGAUUAUUCAAAGGGGACCACGUGUUUAAAAAUUGUCCGAGAGUGUUUAACGGACGUACAGUUGACUUCUCAGCACGCACACACACACACACACACACACACACACACACACACAAAAACACACAUGCAGCGUCUCUUUGACUCAACAGCUCUUUUAUCUUUCCAAUAUGUACCAUACUGACUGUGUUCUAUAUGCCGACUCUUUUACUAUUCGAUGUUUGCAUGUUCACAGAGAGUGUUAUUAGAUAGUUUUGAGAGAGUCCAAACAUCAUUAACAAUUAUUCAGAAUUCUGUGCUGUUUUUUUUAUUAUUUAUUCCUAUUUUAUUAUGUCACAUCUUGUCGAUUUUCCUGGACAGGCAGCUUUCAAAUCAGCUCUGUUGUUUUUACCUACAAAGAGUUUAGUGCCUAUGGUAGUUAAAAAAUGCCCCCCCCCCCCCCCCCAAUUCCCCCCAAAACAAAAUUUGACUUGUAAACCUGUAGCUCACAAAUUGAAUUUCUUUCUUUCUUUCUUUCUUAUUAAGCAGUGGACUCUUUAUUGCCUGUACUUUACUGUUUGUUAUCAGUAGUACACUGUUGACAUGCUGUCAGUGAGAUGUUUCUCCAUGCUCUUCUGUUCCGAUUUGUCAGCGUAGGCGUGUGUGAACGUGUGAAAGGUGCGCGUGAACGGAUGACCGUGCUCAGAUUCUCGGCGCCAGCAUCAGUUCCAUUAAGCUUAUAGGUUACACCGAGAGUCUUGACGUGAGCGAGAGAGAGAGAGAGAGAGAGAGAGAGAGAAAGUGUGUGUAUGUGUGUGUGGGCGUGAAAAGUGAAUUUCACCAAGAAUAUACAAAAGUGCCUGCAUAUGCAAUGAGAAUUUAUUAGAGUCUAUAUUUAAGAACGAGAAUGAAUUGAAAAAUCUUUCCAUACCAUAUUGGUAUAUUUGAUUUUUUUUGUUUCUUUUUCAUACGACCACAAUUAUUUAUUUGUGUGCUUUAUACUAGCGAUGGUGAUAUCUUGUCCAAUGUUGCGAUAAUGACAUUGAAACUUUUCUGAUCUCAUUUAUGCUCUGAUGAUGCUAGAAAAUGUCUCGAUGAAACAUUUACCCCAAUAUAAAUACGUAUGUAAAGGUUUUCCAUCAGUCAGACCAAACAUUUAAAAACAGACAAAUACUGUCAAAACCAAACGCUACCCCAGCAGCACUCUUUAAUGUCUUACUCUCUUUAAAUUCUCACUAGAUUGUUUUUUUUCCCCUUCAAACCCGCCUCUGCUGAACAUUCACGGGAAAAUUACGAGCGUUAAAUCAACAGCCAAAGUGUGCAAGUGAGAUCAGUGUAAAUAUUCAGUAUAUAUUGGAGGCGGUUUAAAGGCGGAGGCGUUCGUUUAUCCCUCGCGAUUUUACUGUUUGUGUAUCUUUAUAAGGAGCUGUACGUUUUCUCACACAGCAAUCCACAAAUCCACGUACAGUGCAAUAUAAACACAAGCGAUUCAUCUUAAUAAUCUCAAAAUAGCUCCCCAUAAACAUUCGUUUUAUCACGGGAGCACUUCAGAACACUGACUCACUUGUUUUCCUGCUCUUGCAAACAUUUGAUAAGCUCCAGAGUAAUUUGAAAUAUAUACAGUUAUAUAUUUAUUGAUGAAUGACAUCAUAUUUUGUUUAGUUUUUUUUUUUUUGGUGAUGUUUAAUAUUAUGGAACUGUUAUCACUUGUUAGGGCAGUUUCUGUAUAAAAUCACAACGGCCUCUAUUAUUUCUUUCUCUUAAGGUUAACAGUUUCAGUUUUCUUCCCAAUUAAUUAAUUGUAACAGUCUAAUGCAUUAAAUUUGCUCUGUCCCAAGCUCUUUUUCCCUCGUAUAUCCCUCUUGUAAUUUGCGUCUAUUUCGUGGAACAUCCACAAAACAAGUCACUUCCUGUUAUCACUUAUACACGUGUAGCAGUGUAUAUAGGGUUAUAUUUUUUUUUUACUCUUGGGGUUAAUAAGCCUAAAUAAUGUAGCUCGUCACGUUACCCAGAAAGUAAGAAUAAAAAUUUAAUUCAUUCACUUGAUGAUGUGCAGCAAUCUCACUAGUGGUCUCCCUGAAUAAAGCGUACAUUUGUUUUUGGCAUAAAAUGCAGCUACAUUUUGACAUUUGGUCUGUUUUGGGAAACUUUACUUCGAAGACUGAUUAUAAUCACACCCCUGAAGGUUACAUGCCCAUAAUAGUUGCCCACUAUGGAGCUUAAAAGCUGACUGAAAUAUUUGAAUAUGAAUUUCAUUGAUCAGAAUUAUAUACAAGUCAUAUUAAAUAAAAUACUUCUUUUUCCUGUGGUAUAGUUAAUAAAUGGACACUUUUGCUAAUGUUCUUUCUUCGUUUUGAGGUAACAUUGCAUUGAAAAACAUAUAAUCGCACACUACAGGUUAUUGUUUUGAGAUUUUGAGAAAAUCAGAACAUAUAGAUAUUGCGUACUUUGGUCAAAAUCGAAUCAUUAAGUGAAGUCAUUUGAAGCGAUGCAACAUGGAGUAGAACAUUAAUACAUUAAAUGCAUCAAAAGUUUUUGUCCUAUUCAAAUACCUAAAUUCCUAUUAAGCAUCUAAGUUUGACUUGCUAGCAAGUUAAUGUUAGCAUUGCCUAACUAGCUAGAACGUUACAUAGAUAGUUACACCAGGCAUAUACUAAGGCUACAUCCACUUUAAUCUGGAUAAAUUUGAAAACGCAUCUUUUUCGCUAGGUUUUGGCCUUCCGGAGUUUUUGUCUUGCGUAAAUGGAGCAUUUCGAAAACACUCUCUCAAGUGGAUAAAUUUGCAAACACCAUUUUUUGCGUUGUAGAGUAGACUGAAAAAACGGAGAUGUUUAAGAACAAUGACAUAUUUUUAGUCACGUAAUGCAGUCACAUCACCCAUUCAACUCAAAAGCUAACAAGAUGGUGGAUGAUGCUGUACAAGAGCAUCUGUACAUUUAAAAAAAACUUGUGUAUUUCGUUGCCAUUGCCGCAUCAAUACAAAGACAGGGAAAGUAAAUAAGCGCUGGAGGGAAAUUACGCAUGACGAAGCUACGCAUGCACAGUAUAGGGAUGGAAGCCUUUUCAGACGUUUCAGUGUGGACGAGCAAUUUUUUGAAUACUUGGGGAAAAAACGUUUUUAAUAGGAAAAUGCAAUUUUCAGGUCUAUCUGGACUAAUGUGGAUGUCGCCUGAGCCUCAUGUUAACAUCACUGUAGAAAACUAGCUACUCGUGUAGAACAUUAAAUAAAAAGUCAAAAGCACACGUUUUUCCCUGUGAAUCUCGGGUGCUUCACUUUUGCCAAAUUUACAUAAAAUCUGCAUUUUUUGAGAUACCAACAGUUCCAAAGAUAGAAAAAUUAUUGGCCCAAGUUGCGUAUCAGAAAAGCAUUUGUCCUGUUGUGAGGAGAUCGUUUGAAUCCUGAUGAUUCCACAGCCAUCUGUGGGAGGAAAUUGGCUGUCCGUGCGGUGUGGAUGGUGUAUCACAGUGGCACAUCUGUGAGCUCAUUGACCAGUCCCUCCAGGAUUUCGUGAUUUUGCGAUCGCAGAAAUGAAAACAAAAUCAAGCAAACUCUGCAAUAUUGAGAGGAGCUUGCAAUUUUUCAAAAUGACCGCAGAUUUUCCACAGAUUUGUGCGAAGACGUAUCAUGUGACAUCAUCACGACGUGCAUUCAGCCCUCUUCUAACAUGAGUACAGCUGAAAGGUCUCAUUCACUGACAAACAUCACCGUGAAAGACCGUGUAAAAUAUUUCGUGCGAUUGCACUUUCACAAAUUCAAGAAGUUUUCUGCGGAAAAAAGCACAAAAAACUUGCAUCGCAAAUGUUGAAAAAAAGCCGCAACAAUAAUCAAGCGUUUUCGGCUGCGAGAAUCACAAUCCUGUACGGACUGAUUCGUGCGGAAGAGGGCAGAUAGCACCCCUCCCAUCCUGGUUGGUAGCUGGUGUGUGAUAGAGGUGAGCUGGCUGGUGGGCGGGAAUUGGCAGGUGGCCAGAUUGGGACAAAACGUUAAACAGAAAAAAAAGAAGAAUUUUCUUUAUAUACAAAAUUCAUAUUCAAAUACUUUGUGUCAUCUUCCAUGCUCCAUAGACUACGUGUUCUCUAAUGUCGAUGAAUGAAUUUUGGAAUAAACCUUUCACAAAUUCUCCAAAAUAUUUAUUCAGUGCUUAUUAUAAAGCAAACGUAUAAAAUAAAAAUAAAAAAAGCAGUGCUGGCUUUUUAUCGACAAUAAAUGAUUGAGGUAAUUUAUUUAUUUAACCUACAGUGGUUUAGAGGCCAGUUUCUAACCUCAUCAGAAGUAUUUUUGUACAUAUACAUUUUUUACGUGAACGUCAAUCACGAUGCCUUGAGACUAAAGGAAGCAUGUAAGGAAAAACAUGGAGCAGUUAGUCCCGGUCUUGUUCAGUCUCGUUUUGUCUCCUUAUGUACAGUACAGAGUGGUGCUCCAUCAUUUGUGUGUUUGGUGUUAAACCUUGUUGUCAGACCGAGGUGUUGCGUUUGACCUUACUCAAUCUGUUGCCUUGAAACGUUUGCAGAUUUACAUAAGCUCUUAUCCGCUGUGGUUUAUUAUUCAGAAACCCUCCUGCUACUUCAUUACGUUUCAAUUCAGUUUAUUUCAAGCACCAUUUGGAGUGUGUUUUUCUUCCGUUUCUGUAAAGCCGUGUGUACAGCUUAUCAACGCUAAAGGGAUUUCUGACAAAACAGAACAAAUUUGCGUUACUUUGCUUCCUGUUUUAAAGGGAUUGUUUGACAUUUUUCCACACAAUAUAUUCAUCAAGUUCAUCUUUGCGUGUGCAGUUAUGACAGUUUCUGAGCUUACAGUAGCAUAUUGAAAGGAAGCCUAGAGGAGCUCAUGAUAAAUACAUUUUUAAAAAUCAUUUUCCAUUGAAUAUUGCAUUCAUUUGUUAAUUUUUAUGUAUCAAUAAAAAUUCCAUCAUUUUUCUUGUAGUAUCUCUAUUAUGUAUUUCCAACAUUUUCCUACAUGUGAUUAGCAGGAUAAAAAAUGUUUAGUUCAAUUGUAAAUGUUUCUACAACUGUAUAAAAAUAAACUUAGAAACUGUUUUUUGUUUUGUUUUGUUUUGUUUUUUUAAAAUCUGUGUAAUCAUUAUGUAUGGAUUCAGCUCAGCCUCACAUGUAUAAGGGUCUGCACUUUUUCAUUAUGUUAAUCGUUAUUAACACUGCAGGAGGGGGGGGGAAGCGAGUGCAGAUGAAAACCUCUGAUUCUGGAUUCAAUAGAAAGAAAUUUGAACAAAAAAAUGUUGAACCAUCCCUUUAAUGUGAAAAUUAUUAAUGCCCAUGGAAUGAACCAAACAUAUAAUAAAGUCAGUGUGUGUCAGAAACUGGAGCGUGAAACCCCGGAUUUUAAUAGCUUUUGGGAAAAUCAAAACUGGAGCAGUUUUCCAAAGAGAUGUGGUUUAUAAUGUGGCCACAUUGAAAAUACAGGACAAUGUGUGUUAUCUUUUUUAAAGUUGUACUUAAUCCAAAAGAUGUUGAUAUAUAUAUAUAUAUAUAUAUAUAUAUAUAUAUAUAUAUAUAUAUAUAUAUAUAUAUAUAUAUGAAAUAUGUGUAGGUUUUCUACUUAGGACCACCACAUGUACCAUGUUGAACUCUUUCUAACGUUUAAAGUUGCCGCAAAAAUUUUAUGUCUUAAACCUACACCUAAAUAAAAGAAAUCCAUGAAGUGCUCCCGAUAUGAUUUGAUAUAAUGAAAGAGCACGGUUCCUAGUCCGACUAAAUAGCUUUUCAUUCUCAUUGGGGGUCCUGACUAUUUAAGCUGUACAAUUAAUGUACACAUUAACUCCAAUGACUGAAGAUAUCAAUGUUCUGGCAUGCUGUAGACUUUAGUCUUUCCUUUUUCUUGUUUUCUUUGAUUUUCUUUGUACAUAGCAGGGGCACCUGCACAUUUCUACAUGUAUAGUUGUAAGAAUUCAUUUUCAAAUGCGUUAUGUAUCAAAGAAUCUUCCUGCCUGGUUAGCUUUGUAUUUCAAAUGUGUUGCACAAGUUCAGCCUUUUGUUUUGCUUUUUUUCUUUGUUUUUUUUUAUUCUUAUUCUCUUUUUUUUGCCUAUUGUAUGUUUAUUUUAUAAUAAAAUUGAUAAAUGUAAUAAACAAAAAAAAUGAGAUGUAGUUAUGCUGUUUUUAAAUGUUUAAUGUCUGUAUUUAAAAAAAAAAAAGCUGAAUAAAAAAUGGUAUAAGGCAAA